UCUUUUUUUGUUUUUCAGUUAAACAAUUUAGUCAAAUUAGCUGGUUUAUUUGCAGUACAAAAUGUGGAGCAAAUUUUGCACUGGAGCAAAAAACAUUGAAAGUUGUCCUGUAAAUGUUUCUUUGCUUCAUAGCAUCAUUCUGGGUGUGUUCUUGUACACAGAACAGAGCAGCGCAACACUUGCAACCGAUUUGUUGUACUACUAAAUCAGACAUAUGGAAACGCAACUGAAUAAACAAUGUAUUACUUGCUUUCAACAGCAGAGGAUUUCUGUUUAAAGACAAGUCUAACUUGCUUUCUGUAUUCGGCUUACUUACAUUUGCAACAUUAAUAUGUAGGCUAUCAAACAGGUUGAAUACACAGAGUCCAGUUGUUAGCCACAGCCCCGCCAGUUACACAGAGAUCUCAGUUUGUCCAUAUCAAUGCAAUGAAGCAUAAUUGUUAUGAUUUUAAUUUAUUAAUAGUCAGACAUCUAGAGAGUUCAUAUUAUUACUUGUGGCCAGAAAAAAGCAAGCAAAACCCAAUGGUAAGAUUCACAUUAUUGUUUGUUUAUUUAGCAGACGCCUUUAUCCAAGGCGACUUACAGAGACUAGGGUGUGUGAAUUAUGCAUCAGCUGCAGAGUUACUUACAACCUCUCACCCGAAAAGACGGAGCACAAGGAGGUUAAGUGACUUGCUCAGGGUCACAUAAUGAAUCAGCGGCUGAGGUGGGAUUUAAACCGGGGACCUCCUGGUUACAAGCCCUUUUUUUAAUCACUGGAUCACACAGCCUCCUCUAAGACUGAUCUGCUCAUUGGCAGUCGCAAUGCCAGUGAAACCUUGAGUCCGGUGUGUCAGGCAACCCAAACCACAGUGACAGAAUGCCACAUGAGAAUGACACCUGCUUCAGGGGACAGGAAUCUGUGAACUAUUUCUCCUGCAUGAUUCACCUGUGGGAGGAGUGGACCGGUCUGGAGAACAUGGAGAAUUAUUUCAACUACCUGGACUACUUGGUGUGGGUCUUCACCCCACUGGCUAUCGUCUUCAUCCUUCCACUCUUCAUUGUGGUCUUCAUUUAUCUUUCCAUCCUCUUCCUCCAUGUGUAUAAGAGGAAGAAUGAGCUAAAAGAGGCCUAUUCCUAUAACCUGUGGGAUGGAGCAAGGAAAACACUGGCAACCUUGUGGGAUGGGCAUGCAACAAUAUGGCACGGUUACGAAAUCCAUGGCUUAGAAAAGAUUCCAGACAAAGGACCAGCUCUUAUUGUGUAUUAUCAUGGAGCCAUUCCAAUAGACUACUACUACUUCUUAGCAAACGUCAUUAUUCAGAAGGGAAGGACAUGCCACUCUGUAGCUGAUCAUUUUCUCUUUAAAUUACCAGGUUUUAAGCUGCUGCUUGAGGUAUUCAGUGUCAUGCAUGGACCUCAGCAGGAGUGUGUCCGAGCCCUGAAGAAUGGCCACCUGUUAGCAAUUUCACCUGGCGGGGUCCGCGAAGCUAUUUUCAGUGAUGAGACUUAUACCCUUAUAUGGGGGAACCGCAAGGGAUUCGCCCAAGUGGCAAUUGACGCCAAAGUGCCCAUCAUUCCUAUGUUUACACAAAAUGUUCGAGAAGGAUUUCGGUCACUUGGAAGCAUAAAGUUGUAUCGAUGGGUUUAUGAAAAAUUUCGAUUACCAAUCGUUCCCAUAUAUGGAGGGUUUCCAGUAAAAUUCCGCACCUACUUGGGUGAUCCUAUUCUACAUGACCCUAACCUAACUGCAGCGGAACUAGCAGAUAAGGUAAAACUAGCUGUGCAGAAUCUAAUAGACAGACACCAAACAAUACCAGGAAACAUCUUUCGGGCCCUAUUAGAACGAUUCCACAGAAGACAUAAAGAAGACUAGAUAUGUUUUCCUGGUAGGUCGGGGACUUGUACAGUUAAAUUCAUUGUAACGUAUAUGAAUAUGGUCUUACUGUGACAUUAAGCUGAGAAUUUUGCUAGUGUUGGGCAAGGAAAUGGAUAAACCAAUAUAAGGAUUUUUUUUUUU